AUGACGACAUCCACACCUUCUCUCAAUUCACUUCUCAACACCUUUCUCAAGAAAUUAAAAUCCAUUCCUCCUCAUUCCACAAAUUUCAAAAAUAUUAAUAAGAGAUUUACAUUGAAUCGAUUCACAACAGAUGUCAUGAAGAGUAUGGUUCAAAAAGCAUGUCGAAGAAAUAAUUUACAAGAUUGUGUGAAUGGUAUUCUUGAAUUAGUAUUACCUACUAUUAUUAAAAUGAAUAUCUAUUCGAUUGAAAUUGAACAAUUACAAGAUUAUGAUGAAUUAUAUCAAGAUUUUUUAUCGAAACGAGGUGUCAAGUCAUACUCGGAUAGUGACACUAGUAGUAGUAGUGAGAAUCAAGUCUGCACCACAACAACAGUCUCCUCUCAUGCGCACUAUGCAACAACGAAAGAAUCUUUAAAAAAAUUAAAAAAAUCAAGAGCAGCAUUGAAAGGAGUUCUCACCAACAUUCUCAAUAGAAUUAGAGUCAUAGUUUGUGAAGAUAUAUCCAUUGGACAUUCUCAUCUCAUGAUUGAUAUUCAUGAAUGUCUUUUGAAAAUAUCUCAAUCUACCUCCACCACUGCCACCACUUCCUCAAAUGCUUCACAUGUCUAUACAAGAAAUUAUUUAUUGAAUUGUAUUGAAUCAUGUUGUAAGAUUGGAAUCAUGUUAUGUGAUUCAACUAUUGUGAAAUGUAGAUAUCCAUCGGUAUUGAGAGCAACGUUUUAUACAUGUCCUAAACAAGAUAUUAGUAAUGAAUAUGUUCCUUCAGAAUUGAAUUAUUCCAAGUAUAGUAGUAAUAGUAGUAGAAAUGAAGAUUCUGAAUCUAUUUUAACCUCUCUCUGUCAUUAUAUUCGAGAACAGAAUGAUUUAUGUUUUUAUUAUUUAUUUAGAUAUUUAUUUGAAUGUGAAGAGAGUGGUGGUGGUGGUGGUGGUGAAUUGUCUCAUCGAAUGACUCUAUUGGAGAGGAGAAUUAGAGAAGAAUUGAAGAGAACUUUAAAGAAUGAUGACAAAGAUGAUGAUGAGAAUUAUAUGAUGACUGGUAGUGGUAGUAGUAGUAGUAGUAGUAGUAAUAGUAGUAGUAGUAAUAGUGGUAGUAGAAGUAAUAGUAAUACAAAGAUGAAUGAAAAUGUCUCAUCACAACAACAACUCUAUGAAAUAUUAUUCAAAUAUUUUAGAACGGUCAAGGUAUCGAUUAAGAAAAAUAAGGUUGGAGAAUUUUGGAUAUUUCUAGUGCAUGCUCUAUUACAUUACUUUGGAAGAGGACGAAAUGUUCAAGGAGAUGAGUCUUCUUCUUCUGGAAUGAUUGAUCAUUGUAAUGAUGAUGAUGAUCUCAAUGUUCAGCAGGACAAUGGUUUGAAUAAUACUUGGAAUAAUAAUUGUUCGAGUCAGACUGAACCAUCUCGUCAAGCAAGUACUCAUACCAUUCAAAUCAUUGAAUGUUUUAGAGAAUAUGUGAAAUGUAAUUUUCAAGUUCAUAAUGAUUAUCUUGAUAUUCAUACAAGUAAGGGAAGAAGUAAUGGAAAAACAAAAACAGAUUUUAUUAAUAAUGGUUCUGUUGUAGCGAAUGAAUUGAGUAAUGAUCCUCUCUAUUUGCAAUACAAGAAGAUUUAUGUCAAGGUGAAUACUCAGGCAAGUAAGGUAAGAAUUAAGAAGAAGAAAUAA